UUUUCCUCGCCUAAACUUGAUCACUCUCAGCAUCCUUUUUUCUUCAUCUUUUUAUUAUGAUAUGAUUCUGUGAUAGAGUUUCUAUCUGAAACCCAGCAACCUUAACUUACCCAUAGAGGAAAUUACUAAACGAACAAAGCUCAUAAUCAUUCAUCUAGUGAAGCUGUCUUUUCCGAUCUGAUCGACAGUUCGUUUUGAUCUCUCAGAUGCUAUUCUCUUAAAUUCCUCUACGGAGUGAGUUCUUUCCCUCAUUUUGCCCUGAUUUGAAGGUGUUUUCCUGUUGAUAAUUAUCAUUCAAUUCAAUUGGAUGCUGCUAGACAAUCCCAAUUUACUUGCAAUGUGCUGGAACUAUAAUUUCAUGGCUCCACUGAUUUAUUGACUCAAAUUUGUUUCUUGGGUAUGCUUAAAUUAUCUCCCUUUAUCAUCCCAUAAGCUGGAUUCAAUCUAUGAAGUUAAACUAUUCAUUUGGGUUUAGUAGUCCCAAAUCUUACAAGGCAUAUCCAAGGGGCGAUUUUGACUUGGAAUCUGGGACCCUUAAAAGAUCAAGAAAGGUAAAAAGUUCAAAUUUUUACCCCAUCAAGAUGCUUAAAUCAUUGGGAAAACGAAUUCAUAGUUAUUACAAGCUUCACCCAGCUAUGUUGUUUAUGAUAUCCUUGUCAAUUGGGGUCAUUAUUCUCAUUGUAUUGUCUGUUUCUGAAAGCCGAUUUCGGUUGAGGGGUAAUUAUGCAAGAUUUGAUAAGGGUGUAGAUGCUGCAUAUCCAUUCUCGAAGUUUAGGAAUCUUGUUAUGGUUGCUGGACAUUCAGUUUAUACAAGUAGUAGUUGUGAGAAAGUUGACAAGGAGGAUUCUUGGUUUUUAGAGUCUUAUCAAAAGCACCCUGGUCAAGCUGCAACCUUUGUGCAACAUAUACAGAAGGGGGUUGAAAUUACAGCAGAUGACGAUGAUGCAUUGCUCCUCUUCAGUGGUGGAGAGACGAGGAAAGAUGCUGGGCCGCGUAGUGAAGCUCAAAGUUACUGGACUGUUGCUGAAUCUAAAGGGUGGUUUGGCAAGCAAGAAAGUGUAAGAGGGAGGGCACUCACUGAAGAGCAUGCAAGGGACAGUUUUGAGAAUCUUCUCUUUAGUGUUUGUCGGUUCAGGGAGCUUACUGGCACAUAUCCACAUAAUAUAACUGUUGUAGGCUAUGAUUUCAAGGAGAAGAGAUUUAAGCAUCUGCAUCGGUCUGCAAUUGGAUUUCCAGAAACAAGAUUCUUUUAUUCAGGGACAUCAUCUUCCCAAACUUCAAGGGAAGCAGCUUUGAAAGGAGAAGCACUGGUGAGAACACAGUUUCAAGAAGAUCCUUACGGCUGUAAAGGUUCUCUUCGUCGCAAGAAACUUGGUCGUGAUCCUUUUCAUCGUUCAAUCCCUUAUCCUAAUGGGUGUCCUGAAAUUGAGGGUUUGUUCAGAUAUUGUGGAACAGGUCCAUAUUCAGGUUCCCUACCUUGGGCCUAAUAGAAUUUCACAGUUCUGAAAAAUUAGAAGAUAGCAAUUAAAAGCCGAUGUCAUAAAAUAUAGGUAACUUCUUCUAUUAAUUCUUCCUAUGUACUCUCCUUGUAUUUGUUAUAUUGGAAUAGCAAGCAACUAAUGUAGAGAAAUAAAACGGCAAGUUCAGUCUGGUUUAAAAGAUGUUAUAAAUACUGUCGAUUAUUUAAAAGUGCAGAUACUACCUGGUGUCACUUUACUCAGGUUAAGAAGCAUGUAUAUAAGAUACCUCCUCUACCGAUA